AUUUAAUCACAUGUUAAAUACUGGUUUAUUUUUACCACUGACGUUUCGGUUUCAUUCAUGUUUGGUUCAUGUAAAGGAAUACAAUGUUUACAAUGUCACAGAUGAAUGGAAUAUAUUAAUGUUUGGGAAGAAAAUUUCACUAUUUAAAGUGAUUUUUAGACUACCAGAUUGUUAAGGAAUUGCUCAGUUAAUACAGAAAAUUGUAUACAAACAGAAUUAAUGGUUUAUAAUUAAUCUGUUCAUUUAUAAUAUAAUUACAUGACAUUGUAUAUAAUGCAGCUAGUUUAAUAUUUAAUGCUGAAAAGAUUAUAGUAACUGUGUUUUAUGCAAACUUUAAACAGAUAAAGUGGAAUUUUGUUGAUCAUUUCAAAUUAAUAACUAAAGGUGCUUAAAAUGAUUGUGUUUGUAUGUGUCAUUGAGUAAACAUAAACGAAAAAAGUACUGGACCUAAAGGUUGAGUAAAACACACAUUUAGCCAUGUUAUGCUACUUUACAAAGUGCUUGAAGUUUCUUCUGCUUGAAGUUUUGGACAUGUUCAUAUGGUGGCUGAUUUAAGACAUUCCAUUUAUGUUGCAAUGGCAUGAGUGCAGCCAUUGUUGUUUGCAUGGGCAAAAGCAUUAAACAAAAUGUUAUGUUUUGUUUUGUCGUAUUGUUACUUUCGUUUUAUUGCGUUGGUUCCUUUGCUGAAAGACACAUAAAACAUUCAAAGUUUCGUUUUGGAGUGUUGGUGCUCACGCCAGGACAACACAACGAGGUGUACAUACAGCAUGUGCAAUCAGAUGUAACAUAACACAAUGUCUUAAAUCAGCCACCAUAUGUUUCCAGUACUGUGACAGAAAUAUAGCAAUGAAAUAUUGCACAAUAUUAUUGAAGUGCCAAAACAAUCCUGCAAUAUUAGCCACACUAUAUUAAUGUAAAGGAAUUAAGCUGAGCUUGAUUAUAGAACAGAACAAAAUUGUAUCACAGUCCUCGUAAUAUAUCCACUAAGCAGUCUAAAAUGAUACAAUAUUAUAUUUAUGUUUUAUAAGCGCAUUGAAUGGUUUUUCAAGACAAAAAUUCUCAGUCGUACUCUUUAAGAAAUAAAAUGUAAACAAAUUGUAGUAACAAAAAUUAUAAAUGUGAUUUAAACAGAAUGUCGCUUUAAAAAUUCUCAAAGCCAGUUGAUUAAGAAUAAAGGUCAUGAAAAAAAAAGUCCUUGUUUAAUUAAUUUAAUAGUUAUAAUUGAACAGUCUGUUGUUAAUUACUCAUAAUGCUACAGUACAUGUACUUGGCCUCGAGCCUUUACUGAACAACUUAAUUAUUGACUUCUAGCAUGUACAAAGUGUGUUAUAUAGAUGUAAAAUAUGGAUAUAAUGUUGAUACAAGUAGGAUAUUAUUAGAUGUAUAAUGUGUUAUCCACAAAGAUAUUGCAUGGAUAUUACAAACUAGAUAACACAGUACUCAAAAAGUGUCACUGUAUUAAAUUGAAUUCUGCCUUGAGUACUGGAAAUUGAAUUGUAUAAAAUUUUGAUGUGUUAUGCAUGUCGUGUGUUAAGGAGAGUGUUUAGGAAUAUAAAGAUAAAAGGAGAAUGAUUUAAAGUAGAGACAACAAGGAAAUGAACAGAACUGUGAUAUAUUGUCUGGACUUUGACACAAGUUUUUGGGAAAGUAGGAAUGACUGUUUAUAUACCAUGUCUUGGAAAUUAUUACGGAUUAAAUUUGCAGUAUGAUUUUUUGAUAAAGCACUAUCAUAAGUUAGGUAUCAUGUCCGACUUAGACACAAUCCAGAUAGUGCAACGUCAAGACUCGAAUGUAGAUUCUGCGAGUCUCUAUAACAGUGUAGACUAUAAAAUUGACACUCAAACCUAUGUUUCGCCAUUUGGAAACAAGUUUCGUAAAGAAGACGAAGGAUUUGCUCAGUUUGUUUAUGAGUGUGAACUUGCCCUAGAUAUUGGACAGAAACCUAAACUCAGUGUUAAGGGCACAAGUGGAUGCUAUUUCAUGUAUAGCAGGAUUGGUAAAACCAUAGCUGUGUUCAAACCGAAAGAUGAAGAACCAUAUGGUCAGUUAAAUCCAAAAUGGACGAAGUGGCUGCACAAGUUAUGUUGUCCUUGCUGUUUUGGGCGUAGUUGUCUGGUUCCUAAUCAGGGCUAUCUGUCAGAAGCUGGAGCCAGUCUAGUCGACCAGAAAUUGCAGUUAAAUAUUGUCCCCACUACAAAGGUUGUCCGAUUAUGCAGUCAGACGUUCAACUACAAUGCACUAGACAGAGCUAAAGCUAGCACCAAGAAAAUGAUCAAUAGAAAUUUCUCACAGAUAGGUCGUAGAUUUAAUAGGAUAGGCCUUCCUGGAAAGGCAGGGUCAUUUCAACUGUUUGUGAAUGGUUUUAAAGACGCUGACUACUGGCUGCGACGGUUUGAUAAUGAAGCACUGCCAGAAUCAACGGCGAGAAAAUUCCAACAUUUAUUUGAACGUUUAGUUGUCCUAGAUUAUAUAAUAAGAAACACAGAUCGAGGUAAUGAUAACUGGUUGAUUAAGUAUGAACCUGCCACAGCUGAUACAGAUGGAAAAGUGGAAGCAGAGUGGAGUUAUGUUGAGAAUCCAGAUAUUUCUAUAGCAGCUAUAGACAAUGGUCUUGCUUUUCCUUUCAAACAUCCAGACGAAUGGAGAGCCUAUCCAUACCAUUGGGCUUGGCUGCCACAAGCUAAGGUACCCUUCUCACAGGAAAUCAAAGAUCUUGUAUUACCACAGCUGUCAGAUAUGAACUUUGUACAGGAACUUUGUGAUGAAUUGCAUGAUCUAUUUAAAACUGACAAAGGGUUUGACAAAAGUAUAUACUUUAAGCAGAUGGCUGUGAUGAGAGGACAGAUUUUGAAUCUGACUCAAGCAUUAAAAGAUGACAAAUCGCCAGUCCAGUUAGUUCAAAUGCCGGUAGUUACAGUAGAACGUAACAGAACGACCAGUGGUCGAGUACGGACAGACAGUGACUCAUAUACACAAAGUUUCCAACAUAGAACUCCAUUCUUUUCAUGGUGCUAAUCAGGGUUUUAGAUGGCAAGUGUGGUUGCAAAAUGUUGUCUGCUGAAUGUGCAAAGCAUCAUGGGCGAGUGAGAGCAAAGCAUCAUGGGAGAAUGAAAAAAAACAUCUUGGAAAGGAAACAAAUCAGAUCUAUUUAUAUAUAAAGUGUUUUAUCUGGUGCAGGGAGUGAAAUGUCAUCUAAUGACAGGAUUUGACAAAUGUCAUCUGCUACAAGAAAAAAUUGAAGUAAUUUUCAGAUUAUUCAAAAUUGGCAAUAUAAUGUAAGGACGAAAGUUGAAAGAGUCAAGCAUUAUGUUGAAUAGCACAUUUGUUGCAUUUUUUGUCUUUUUAGCUCAUCUGAUUUUUUGAAAAAAAAUGAUGAGUUAUUGUCAUCACUUGAGCGGUUGUCGGCGUCGGCGUCGGCGUCUGCGUCGGCGUUGCCUGGUUAAGUUUUAUGUUUAGGUCAGCUUUUCUCCUAAACUAUCAAAGCUAUUGCUUUGAAACUUGGAAUACUUGUUCACCAUCAUAAGCUGACCCUGUAUAGCAAGAAACAUAACUCCAUCUUGCUUUUUGCAAGAUUUAUGGCCCCUUUUGUACUUAGAAAAUAUCAGAUUUCUUGGUUAAGUUUUAUGUUUAGGUCAACUUUUCUCCCAAACUGUCAAAGCUAUUGCUUUGAAACUUGGAAUACUUGUUCACCAUCAUAAGCUGACCCUGUACAGCAAGAAACAUAACUCCAUCUUGCUUUUUGCAAGAUUUAUUGCCCCUUUUGGACUUAGAAAAUCAGUUUUCUUGGUUAAGUUUUAUGUUUAGGUCAGCUUUUAUCCUAAACUAUCAAAGCUAUUGCUUUAAAACUUGCAGCACUUGUUCACCAUCAUAAGUUGACCCUGUACAGCAAGAAACAUAACUCCAUCCUGCUUUUUGCAAGAUUUAUGGCCCCUUUUGGACUUAGAAAAUAUCAGAUUUCUUGGUUAAGUUUUAUGUUUAGGUCAACUUUUUCUCUUAAACUAUCAAAGCUAUUGCUUUGAAACUUGCAACACUUGUUCACCAUCAUAAGCUGACCCUGUACAGCAAGCAGCGUAACUCCAUCUGAUUUUUGCAAUAAUUAUUGCCCCUUUUGGACUUAGAAAAUCAUUUUCUUGGUUGAGUAUUAUGUUUAAGUCAACUUUUCUCAUAAACUAUCAAAGCUAUUGCUUUAAAACUUUCAACAGUUUUUCACCAUCAUAAGUGGACACUGUACAUCAAAAAACAUAACUCUAUCCUGCUUUUUGCAAGAAUGAUGGCCCUUUUUAGACUUAGAAAAUCACGGGUAGGACAAUAUUUCUAUCACACAAAAAAAAUCAGAUGAGCGUCAGCACCCGCAAGGCGGUGCUCUUGUUUG